CCAGAUCGGCUCGGCUCUGCCCCCCAUGCGCCCAGCGGCCCACCCCAUCUGACCGUCUCGCCUCGCCCCCGCACCAGUGACUCGACUCCUUCCGCGAACCGCCACCGCCACCUCACCCACCACCUCGCCGGAGAUCACGAGAGGAGCCUCGCCGCUGCCCCCCCCCCCCGCCCGCCAUGGGGGACGCCGCCUCCGGCCGCGGCCACGUCGUCUACCCUCCCCGCUCCGCCGAGGACAUCUUCAAGGACUACCGCGCCCGCCGCUCCGCCAUCCUCCGCGCCCUCACCCACGACGUCGAGGACUUCUACGCGCAGUGCGAUCCAGAGAAGGAGAACCUCUGCUUGUACGGGUAUGCGAACGAGGCGUGGGAGGUGGCGCUGCCGGCGGAGGAGGUGCCCACGGAGCUGCCGGAGCCCGCGCUGGGGAUCAACUUUGCGCGCGACGGCAUGAACCGUCGCGACUGGCUCGCCCUCGUCGCCGUCCACUCCGACUCAUGGCUUCUCUCCGUCGCUUUCUACUACGCUGCUCGGCUCAAUCGGAAUGACCGGAAGCGUUUAUUUGGUAUGAUUAACGAAUUGCAAACUGUUUUUGAAGUUGUCUCCGGUGCGAGACAACAACAAUCUAAGGAGAGGUCCAGUAUGGACAAUGGUGGGAGGGCCAAGCCCUCAGUAAAGAUAGAAAAUAACGGAAAAGCAUCAGAAGAUGCAUACGGAGAAGAUGACAGUGAUCACGGUGAAACCCUAUGUGGUACCUGCGGUGGUAUAUACAGCGCAGAUGAGUUCUGGAUUGGGUGCGACAUCUGCGAGAGGUGGUACCAUGGCAAGUGCGUCAAGAUAACUCCCGCCAAGGCAGAAAGCAUAAAACAUUACAAGUGCCCGAGCUGCAGCUCCAAGAGGGCUAGGCAGUAGCAAAGCUUAUGGAUGCCUCAGAAUGCCGGAUGCAUGCUGCAGUGGCGGCAUUGCGAAGUUUGCGGGCAGGAGAAGGCUGAGGAUCCAUUUACAAGAUUAGAACUAUCUUUGCUAUCUUCGAUGUACCUUAUGCUUACUUUACCUAUGAUGAAGCUAAUGUGAGGAAAGAUGAGACAUUUGACAACCAGAGGCACUUGAGUUGAAUGCCCCUAGAUAAGUGGGGUGAAAGAAGAGGAAACCUGCGUGCUGUAUUGAAUAGAGCUUGUUUAUGUCACCUUUACGGGUCGUUCUUUUUUAUGACGAAUGGCAGCAGCCUUUACCGAA